GCUUUUAUUGAGCAAUUUUGAAAUUGAGCAGAAUGAAUGAUCUCGAUCCAAAUUAUGCAUCUGAAAAUAGAUAUCCAGUUUAUCAUCAUGUUAGUCCUCAACAGACAUCAAAUUCAAAUGAGAGCCUGAAUGUUACAGAUAAUAUAAAUCCAAAUGAUGAUUGCGAUAAAAAUCCAGAAGGAUUAAGUGAAUCAAAUCAUUUUACUGAACGUAGAACGGAGAACGAGAUUUCCUGCUUUAACCCGAUUAUGCCAGAAGCAAUUUCUCCGUUAUGGACGUUCGGAUUUAAUCAGUCUGUUCCGCUCAUAAACUUGAGUGAUGAUCGAUCGAGCAUAGUCUUUUAUUCGUCAGCUCAUCUAUUGGUAUUAUUUGACAUAAAGAACAAUAGUCAGAAGAUUUUAAGGGGACAUUGCAACGAAGUGACGAGCAUUUCAUGUAGUGGCGAUAAACGUUGGUUGGUUUCGGGUGAUCGUGGUAUUGAUAGUGCUGUCAUAGUAUGGGAUGUAAAAACUCGAGAAGCAGUUCGGACAAUCACCAAACCUCACAGCUAUGGUGUUAUAUCGGUUGCUCUAACCAAGGAUGCCCGUUACCUGGCUACGUUAGGCGCUGAUCCCGUUGAUCAGAGUUUCUCUAUUUGGAACUGGACUAUAGAAAGUAAUUUGCCACACUGUCAAGUGAAGAUAAGCGGCGAAAUGUCUUUUCAGACGAAAAUAGCGUUCAAUCCAGAUAACUAUUAUCAUCUUUCCACGAAUGGAGAACAUCAAGUCAUAUUUUAUUCGUGGAAAAAGAUAUGGUGGCCUAUGCCCCUUCCCUUAAAGAUGACGAUUUUAAACAGAAAGUUGGUCAGUUCUCUUGCACUCAGUACAUUCCUGAUAAAUCUAUUGCUAUAACUGGUACUUCAACUGGUCUCUUAGUUAUAUGGGAAUCAGACAAACAACGCGUUAAAGGAGAAAAUUCUGAAACACCCUAUAAACGGGCAACAAAAUUGAUUCCAUUGCAUCAGAAAGGAAUAACUUUUCUUACAACUACAGCUUGCCACCCUUAUGGGAAAUGUAUUGUUACUGGUGAUUCUAGUGGACAAGUGAAAUUUUUCGAUUGUAAUUUCAUGCUUUUAUUCUGGUAUCAAGAUCUUAAAUUUGGACCCGUGAAUUGUGUCAGUUUUGCUACAACUAGUCUUUUUACAGAAAAAAACAAAUCAAGUUUUACUGAAUCUAUCAAAGGAAAAGCUUAUCCUACUUGUGCAACAAUUGGUGCGGAGCCAUUUAUAAUAGAAGAUUUUAUAGUUAGUACUUCAAGUGCUUUCAUGAUUUCUGUUACAGUUGAGGGUGGACUUAAAAAGAUAAUUUUAAGAGAACACGAUUCAGAUGUCAACGGGUUGACUACUCAUCCAGUAUUGAAUCAUGUAGCAACAUGCAGUCAUUCUGGACUUGUAAAAAUUUACGAUUAUGAAAGCAAAUUAGUUGUCACAAUGAAAAGUUUUGGCUUGAACAAUCCAAUUCAAAGUUGCGUAUACGAUAAGACUGGACAAUAUAUUGCUGUCGGUUUUAUGAGUGGAUAUUUACGUGUCCUAGACUCGUUAACGUUGAAUGAGAUGACUUCUGAACCAUUUACAUAUGGAAAAGGUCCUAUCACUCAUAUUGAUUUCUCAUACUGUAAUAAUUACUGCGCGUAUGCUGAUUCUGCAUUCACAACAACAUUACUAUUACGUUCCAACACUCAUGAAUGUGAAAAUUCAUGGUGUUACGUAGCACGAGUUCGUGCUCAUAAUCGUAGAAUUACAGACCUGCUAUUUUGGACACUGACAGAAUCUAAAAGAUCUCGCCUAUUCACAUUAAGUGAAGAUAGAACAUUGGCUGAAUAUGAUUUAUAUAAUGCAAGGAAACAUUCAUUACCAGUGAUAGCUCGUUAUCAAGUUGAACAAUUAGCUAAACCAUUAUGUUUAAGUAUGCCACCAUUAUCAUGUUAUAAAGAAGAGUUCUUUUUUAUAUCAAAUUCUGCAUCUAAAAUAAAAUUAUAUAAUACUUCAACUUUAAUGUGUCGUAAGACUGUUAGUUCAUUCCCUCAAGGAAUUGAAUAUACAAAGGUUUUACCUCUGAUUUCUCAAAAAACUAAUUCAUGUUAUUUUAUGGUAUGUCUUUCGAAAGAACGAUUGGGAUUAAUUAUGCUCCCAUUAGAUGGUGAUCCAUUGAAGUAUACGAAUAUUAUUGCACAUCCAAGUAAUGGUCGAGGUGUUGGACAAGCUCAAGGGUUAGCUAUUGAUAGAAAUGGUCUCUAUGCAUUUACAGCUGGUGGUCCAGAUACUUGUGUACACAUGUGGACAUUAAAUCCUACUGUACUAGAAAAAACAGUCAAUAUAGCUGGUUGUAUGAAGAGAAGAUUUUAUGAUUUUCUAUCUCGAGAUUUUCUAGAAGAAAUGAAAGAUUACUUCUACUAUUCCAUGAUUAGAACACAGGGAAUUUGUUGUAUGGAUGAACGUAAAACAUCAUUCACGAUUCCGAUAACAGAAAUACCAUUUGUUAUGAGAGCAAUAGGUUUUUAUCCAACAGAAGCUGAGGUUGAAAAUAUGAUAAAUGAAAUCAAAUAUUCUAGAUUUUGUGAUACUGGAGAAUAUACAACAGAAAUUGACUUGGACACAUUUAUCCAAUUAUAUUGUAAUCAUCGACCAUUCCAAGGUAUAUUGUAUAAAGAUGUUGAGAGUGCUUUUAACAUUUUAACAAAUGCAAAUGUUGGUAACAAAGAUAAAUGUGCUGAAUUGUCGAAUUCUCAUGAAACAAUAAUACAAGAAAAACCAACUAUUACAAUGGAAGAAUUAUUUCUUACUUUACAGAAUUCAGGCGAAGCAAUCGGAGAAGCUGAAAUGUCCGAGUACAUGGCAAUUCUUUGGGGUAUUUUACCCGAAGGUGAUCGCCAAGAAAUCUUGGAGGAAAUUGAUCCGAAGAAAAUUGAAAAAGAACUUGAAUCACGUAUGUCAACACCCAUAAAUGCUGAAACUUUUGUAAGCGAUAUCUUACAAAUGUAUGUAUAUGGUGAAGAUAACCUUUCAGCCGGUCAUUCUAAAGAACUUUUAUCUAAAAAAAUACAACAAACUGAUACAUCUCUUCUUGAUGAGUUAGUGUCAAAUGGAAAAUAUGCUGCUAACUCAACGCAAACAGAAUGAAAUUCUCUUUCAUUUCUUUAACAGUUAAUCACAUCUAAAUUCAAUAUUUCUACUUCAGAUAAUGAGGAAAAAAGUUUACAUAGACAAAGAUUUUCACGUAUACAAUAUAACUACACAUUUACUGUGUCUUGAUUUUAAUAGUUUAGUCACCUACUUGAAGCUCUGUAUUUGAACGUUGAUUGUCCCACCAGAUAUUACAACAAAUUACCAUUCAAAGUGUCCAUGUAAUGUGGUAUUUAUCAUAAAAAGCCUGAUUCUCAUUACUAAUUAAUUAUGUCAUCGUUUUCCUCAUACAUGUGUUACGUCUCUUCGUCUAACGUUUAAGAAAAUAGACAUUUUGCAUAAAAAUAUUCCAGUCGAAUUGAUGUGAUCCAACAAUUAAUUUUUAUUCGAUGAAUAAAUUUUCUGGAUCCAGAGGGUUUUGAAUAUUUACUGAGAAUAAUAAAACAUACGGAGAUUUGUUCCUCAUUCCGUUAUUUAGAAAUGAUAUUUUGAGCUUGAUCUGUGUUGGAGCGUAGCUUGACUAUAUGAACUACAGUUCCUGUUUUUGCUUCUUACUAUCUUGAUGUAAUGUACGUUAAAUGCAAUAUGAAACGAAAGAUAUUUGCGAUAAGGUUCUGUGGUGUUAAUAUUUUUCUGUCUAUGUACAUUAAAUACAACUAUUCCAGUCAAACUUGAAGACAGGAAUGAAGGGAUUCAAAAAUAUAUUUGGAAAAUGGUUGACGCAUCCAGAAGUGCAUAUUUUAAACUGACUAGUCGUUGCAAGUAAUGGGCAGCAAAACCAACCCAAACGUGAUCUGGAGCAGAAGAAUUCCCAAAUACCUUCAAUUGGAGGGGUAUAUAUCAAACUGAUGAUGUCAGCAUAGAUUAGGAAACUUACCGAACUAC